CCACUGCGAACCAACGUGGGCCUUUUAUCACCGUACAUGCCUGCACCACCGCCAUCGUCCUGAAUCGCUCACACCACAACACGCCUCUUUACCAUUGCCCUACACCUCCAUGUUACGCCACACAACGGAACCUCAACCUUUCGCUGGUCAUACAAGGGACGUCACCUGCAUCGAGUACUCUCCCGAUGGCCAGCUCCUCGCGACAGGGACCAGUGACGGCCAUAUACACCUAUGGGACUCUCAGAACGGGAAGCUGUUCUGGCUGCUGACGCCUGCUCUCCCGGUUCACUCCAUCUCGUUCUCUCCUUCAGGACGCCAUUUUGCAGCAAUAUGCAAGCACACCCGUGAAAACAAGGCAUGCGUCUUUGUCUGGGAUCUUAUGAAGGACCGCAACAACGAGGCGGUAGAUCGGACGGAGACGGCGUAUGAAGGUGAACGUGUGGCUGGCGCUGAGUCGUACGGGGUCAGAUUUUCGUGGGAUGGGAAGGUUAUCGCUGUUAUGACGUCGCGACGCGUUGUGUUGCAAGAUACGAGCACAGGGAAGGUGGUUAAGGAUGUCGCCGAGGCGACCGAAAAGCGGCGGUUCGAGGCUUUGCUUGCUUUCUCUUCUGAUGAUCGGUCGGUUCUCUACGCGUACCGCGAUCAGGCCGUGGCUUUUGGUGCUCCCCUCGAGGUCCGUGCUUUUGAUUUGAUCCUCAAACAAGAUACGAGUGUCCAUCUAUCCAUACCCUUCGCUCGCUUCAACGCCCCUCAUGUUUCUUCACCUGAUGGCACUUUGCUCGCUGGCGUUGCAUCCGCAGAAGGGAUUCAUAUAUGGUCCUCUACGCGUGGUCCUCUGAACGGUCCUCUUAUAGGUCAUGACGAUGAAACAACCUGUAUGUGCUUCUCGGCGGAUGCUGCUUGGGUGAUCGAUGGCUCAGAUGCGAAGACGAUAUGUGUGUGGGAUACUUCGACUGGAAAACUCGCCCUUGGGCCCCUGAGAAACAGAUCGCAACACGAGAUACGAGUGUUGGCCUGUUCCCCACUCAAGGAACGCAUUGCGUGCGUGGAUGCCAGUAACAACGUGAAUAUUUGGGACGUAAAAUCGGGAAAAAUCGCAUUGUCGUCUUUACCAAUCCCCGCGCUUCACCGUGCUCAACAAGGCAGAGUCGAAGCGAUCCAUUGGCUCCCUGACGGCCGUCACUUCAUGAGCAGUGGACGGGAUGACAACUACAUAUGUGUCUGGGACGCCGAGACAGGCCGAAUGUCGAACGAGUUGCUGUCCCAAGGGGGCUGCUAUGUCGCGCUAAGUCCAGACGGCACACUGCUUGCCGCUGGAUCCUCCCGCAGAGGGGGCAAUGUCAUCCUUCUGGACCCUGCUACGGGGAAACAACACGGUUCUCCUCUGAUGGCUACCUACAACUGGACCCGUAAACUAUCCUUCUCGGCGAGUGGCUCUGUUCUUGCUGUUCUCUUCGAGAAAUCCAGCUCUCUUUACCUCGUACACGACGUUCUUGGUAAUCGCACGAUUCGCUCCAUACAGGACACCGGAAUCAUCUCCGACGUCGCAUUCUCACCAGAUGGUCAGAGCUUUGCGUACACAACCCAAAACGACGGCAAGAUACGCAUAUGCGACGUCCGAAUGAUGGCCGCUACCGCUGAACUAACUUCUGGGCGCUCAGACCUUAACCAUUCACUGUCUUUCUCGCCAGAUGGGCUUCAUCUUCUGAGCGCCUCCGAACAGGGACAUAUUGGUGUCUGGAAUCUCGCUACGCGCCAGGUGCAAGGUCUCUCUAUUCCCCUUGUGCGGACAAGACAGACCUCAUACUCGCCCGAUGGGAAGACCUUUCUGCGUAUUUGGCGUAAUCAUGAGCUUGAUGCCGGGGUGGAGUUGUUUAACGUGACCAACGGGUCUCAGGUUUGGAAGCUUGAAGAGCAACGCCUUGUUACUACGUUUGCGUUCGCGCCUCAGGGAGAUAGAGUCGCCAUUGGGCUAGAGAAUGGAUCGAUGAAGGUGUAUGACAUUGCGACAGGGAAGAUGAUACUCCCGCGUGGCGACGGGCAAUCAGCGAUGGAAGAGGAUAAGAAGGAGGAAACUUCAAAGAGAGAGGCAGCCGUCGAUGACGUUGACGAUGACUCGCUCAUGAAUAUGCCUGCGGCUUUCAGCAACGCCACCCGUGCUCGUCUCCGUGCGAGCACAGACCCUCAAUUGAGUCACGCCCGUGCUCAGAACACUCAAAGGGCGACAACGCAAGACACAAACCGUCCGCGGCUGGGACUUGUUGCUCGCCUCACGUCACGUUUUCUGGGCCCUCCGACUGCCCCUGGAUCGGGCAAGGAACACCAUCGUUGGCCACGGGCGAUGCGUCUCGUAAGCGUUGCAAAAAGCAAGACCUUCAUCGCCGCCGCUGGCGAUUCAACUAACCCCCGAGGCCAACGUAGUCAGACACGUGCGGAUGACGAUGUCUCGAUUUCUUCGACUUCAUCAGAGUCUCAGCAGCAGGAGACGACGGUGCCUGAUAGAGCUCUGGAGAUUCAAGAUAGAAGUAGCAGUGUGGUGAGCGAUCAUGGAUGCUGGGAUACGAUCAAGUUUUGUACGUGUUGGCGGUGAUGCGGGAGGGCUUGCUGCUUCCAUCUGACAACUGACAAUGUUAUAUCUUUUCG